UGAUCGCUGCAGAGUUGCCGAUCAUCCUGCAUAUUUAUUAUGAGACUUUUUAAUCGGGAUUAAUUUUAAUAAGAAUAAUUGUAUAAUAAUCCCUCAAUGAAUAUUUAAUGAAGUUUAGUAACAGUUUCGAAGCAAUUACUGAAGCGGUUCUUUUAAUCUCGCUCAGUACAUUGUGGAAUGUGCGACGAGGAGCUACUGUGUUACGCAGCUCCGCAUGAUGCCAUCUCAAAAUAAUAUUUUAAACACGAAGAAUUCGUGUCUUAUGCAUUAUCGAGUUAAUAUUUUGCCGCUCGAUAUAAGAUAUAAAGCGUUUUAUGUGGACCCUUUGUUCGCCGUAUUAAAUAAAUACAGAUUUAUUAUUUUUACUCGGUAGCAUGUAUACGUGGCAACAGAGCAAAGCUGGGCUCGAGUGCCCAGUCACUUCCUAGUCAAAAGAAUUUCAUCGAUCACAAACAAUAAUAUAUUUAUAUCCUUGAACAAGUGAAAUACAGUGAAAACAUUAACUUCAAUAACAAUGAUUCCAACGUGUAUGUUUACUUACUUACGAAAUAUUUAAUGAAAAAUCUUGCUAUGCGCAAUUAUUCGCAACAUAACAAGGAGCGUCGGUUUUAUGCGUUACAUGUGCAACCACUGCUAAAGUUGACUUCACCGCUAUAAUUUUUUAAAUACAUCUAUGAACAAACACGAUUUUUCAUCUUUAUUAAAAUUGGGACUAUUUAUUAUCUACUAGGAUGUAUUAAAGGAAUAUCUUAUGUACUAUUGAUACACGUGAACGCAUUUUAAUAUCUAUAUCUAAUUAUAUGUAUAUAUACAACAUAAUGUAUUGAACAUACAAAUACUUUGUUGAACUACCUAUAAAAGAAGAUCUUUUGGAAUCUCAUCUUUAACAAAUGUCGACAGGAUAUAUAUGAUAUUUCUAUGAAUGUUAUAGUCACUGAAAGCAAAUGUGGAACGAAUCAUAUUUGGCAUUUAUGUGGUAUUCCUCUUGUUGGAAGAUCAUGUGCAUUAUGAAAAUAACUUGAUAAAAAGUUUAUAAGAGAUAAAAGUAGAUGUUAGAAUACAUUUGCUAAUGGUGCUUUGGCGCUGUCUUCAUUUUCCUCCUGUCAGCACAAUGGAGGAACCUGCAAAAAAGAAACAACGUCUUGAGAAUAGUAAUGAUGGAAGAGAAUCAUUCACUGAUAUACAAUGUUUUCAGAACAGUUUAUUAGCUCAAUGUUUAUGCAACAUACCAGAGAGUAGCUUGCGUAAACCAUUUACCACUGCAACAGUGGAAAUGGCAGAUGGUAGUUUUCGUCCUAUAGUAUUAUCAGAAUGGGAACCUGAUCAUACUUUGGAAUUUCUAAGCGCCUUGCAGCUUCUUUUUGAUUUGGCCAUUAAACAGAAUACAAGAGGCGUUAUGUGCAGUAGAGUUGCGGAUGUUUGUGAUGCGUUAGCACGAAAUGAACAUGGUAUUAUAGAUCAAAUCAUUGAUCUUUCAAGUACAACCAAUAAGUUUAUAUCGUUUGUUGCAAGCAGAGUUUUGGCUUCAUUUUUUAUUGUAACAAAGGACAAUAUUGAAGUUGCUUGGUUGGAGAGACUUACUCAAUCUUUAGUGAAUACUCACUCUCCCAGUCAAAUGGUAUUCACUUUGGAUAUUGUGAAAAGAGUGGUAGAACAUAAAGAUUGCAGCAUUCAUCCAUUGGAAGAGACAGACAGUUUAGUGCCACCGUCCAGUUGUAAUACUAUAACAAUAUCAGACACAGAAAGUUUUGAUAGCACUUCAAUAAAAGCUAUGUGUGUUAAAGUACUAGAAUCUAAAUGGACUAUAUUAGUAUCCAAAUUUGAUGCAAUUCUUGCCUCGUACACACCACAACAUGAGUCUGCUGUUGUAACAUUUUUAGAUUUAUGGGAAUCAAUAAUUUCUGUAAAAGCCAAUUUAUCGGUUAUCGAUACUAAACUUUUUUAUUCUCAAUUAGACAAUUUGGUUCUGUUGCUGAAUGCCAAUGUUCCAGGUAUAAUCUGGAGACAUCUUUUAGGAUUGUUUAAUGAAGUAUUAUGUUAUGGUAGUACAUUGGCACUACAAGAUGUCUUACCUGAUGAACCUUGCUCUCUAGCACAUUUAAUCGUUCGUGCCGUUAAAGAUUGGAGAUUAUUAGAUUCCUUGCCGUAUCGUCAUGGAUCUGGAAGAUUUGGAGGUGGUUCUGGCGAGGGAGACAGACCACUUCUUCAAAAAAUUGUGCUCUUAGUUCUAAAAAGUGUUGCAGUGACUGUUAAGGAAACGCGCAGUGAUUCUAGUGAUUCUUCUUUAGGCUCAGAGGCGGAGGAUCUUGAUGCCGACAUGGCAGUUAUUGAACGAAGUAUCAGAGAAGUUUUAAGACAGCUAGAUCAGUGUGUCAAAACAUUAAUGCCUUUCCAUCCAGAAAUGCCAUUAUCACAAUGGGUUGUACAAAUGUUUCACGAUCAAGAUGAUUUCCUGAUAGAAGGCAUGGUCUGCUGCCUUGAUGUAGCAGUUGGUCUUUUUUAUAGAGGACCACCACAAAAUGAUUUAGGUCAUAUGCUUAGUCCAACAUUAACAUUUAUACAAUUCAUACAUGCUGUAUCUCAUGAUCCAGAUGUUUUAUUAGACUUACUUGUUAGUAAUGAAACUUGUUUUUUAUUGUAUUUACUGAGAUUCUUGAAGUAUAUCAGAAGAAAUUGGCCAGAAUUUGUAUCAUGUUGUGGUAGAGAGUUGGAUGAUACCAUGACAAUAUUAAUAAGACUUCGAUUGGCAAUAGACAGAUUAGUGUCUAAAGCUUUGUUUCCCUAUAACAUCAAUCCAGUUCUCCGUUUAUUAGAAAAGUGUGAAUCCUUUUAUGAAGGUAACAUAGAUAAUUAAUCUUUAAACUGGGGAGAAAUUUUUGAUUGGUCAGUACAGAUUCAUGAGAAAUCUAUUUCAAUUUAUUUCAUAUUAUUUAUUGAAAAUAAUAUGGUACAGAUAGAGAGUAAAAAACUUUGGUAAGGAUAAGAAUUAAUAAGUAUAAUGCUUUCUCAUUAAUAAUGAAAAAGAAAUUUGUUUAAUUUAUUAACUCAUCCUCCCCGGUUAACAGGUUAAUUGAUCACUGUAUUAUAAUGAUACAAAAUGUUAAAAACUUAAUUAUUAUUAGCUUAAUGUGUACAAAACUGUUAAGAUAUUUGCAGGUUUGUUCGGUAAGAAGUAAUCUGCGGCAUGUAACUUGGGUGCACUUUUGGUAUAAAGACAAAAUGUACUGUUUAUACGAUAACAUAAAGUUUUAGAUUUGUAAAAUAUGACGCAACCGAUCAAAUUUUGUUAAAUCUUGUUUCAUAUCAUUAGUGCAACAGCAUGCAUUUAACAUAUUACUAUUUAUAUAUAAAAAAAAAAUAAAAAAAAAAAAAAAUAAUAAAAAAAAAAUCUAAACACCUUAUAUUUUAUAUUAAUGGAUAGCUGUAAAGCACAAUUGUACAGAUCUUUAAAUAUCUUUCUGAAAAGUGACUGACUUGUAACUAUUUCUCAAUACAAUAUUACUUGUCAUCUAUGUUCAAACUAAGGAAAGUGUACUUUUAUUUAUUAUCAUUAGUUUAAAUUAUAUGCAGUCACUAUCAAUCUUUCAUUUUAUAUAAAAUAUCUUCUCUUUAUAGUUGAAAUGUAGAAAUCCAGUAGAAUAAAGUAGUACAAAGGAGAUUGUAAAUCACAUUCUCUAGAAAAAACUGCACAUACGCAUGGUGCUAUAAAUAAUACAUUUCCCAAAGCACUAUUAGACAAUGUACCUACAUAUAUGAAUAUGCAAAUAUUUAAGGACAAAUAAGUUCAAGUAAUUAUCAAAACGUGAAAAAAAAUAUGCAAUUCAUAUGGAUAAAAGAACUAAGUACUUGAUCACUUAUGAGAAAUAUAUAAAUUAAAAUUCAUAAUGAUCCUAUCUACUAUACAUUUAAAAGUUAUUAACUAAUAUUUAUUAGUAAAAAUGACGAAAAACUAAGUAUCAAAUAAUUUGUGUAGUAUUUCGAAGGGAUUUUUUUUUAUGUAAAUAAUAGCUGUAAUGAUUAUUAACUAUAUGUAUGUAUAUAAGCUCAACUAUGUAAGUACAGUACAUGUAAUGCACUAAAGUUUGAAAAUUUUUACUUUUGUAA